GAAACCGAAAGUGUUUCGUUAUUUGUGUUACAAUGAAGUUAAAUGAUAUUUAAUCUUAAAAUUACUAUACAACUAUGAAGUUUCUUCCUCUCAUGUGUCUCUGUCUCCAGACUCGGUCUGGAACAACGUUUGCUGAUGAACACGGAGCUGGUGUUCGGGGCGUCUCCUUCCUGCAGAGAAAACAGGAAAACACCUCUGUGAAGAGAAUUAAUGGCCUAGGGAAUGAGAAUAGGCUGCCACCUUCGUACUCAGCGAUACUCCUAUACUCAACAUCGACCUGGAUCAUCCUCCUUGGCAUCGGUUGUCCGGCCGUGCUGGUGCUUGACGGUCCUCCUGCAGGAGGCGCACAUGUCCUGACAGCAGGUCUUCAGAUUCCCGGGAUGCCUCUCCCUCUGGGUCGGGUGACGUCAGAGUGGUUGUGAAAGAAGGAAGUGACGCCAUUUUACCCUGUUCCCUCAGCAACAAGGAGAACAUGGAGAAUAAAGUCUUUGACUGGAAGAAAGAUGGUCAGAAGGAGAUUUUCUUUUACAAUGCAGGAACUCAUUACAAUAACGGCAGAAUAGGUCAAGAUCAUCAGUUCAAAGGUCGCGUCUCACAUUUUCAAGAUGAGCUGAAGUACGGCAACGCCUCCAUCAUCAUCAGAAAUACGAAGGUUACUGACAGUGGAGACUACACCUGUAUUUUUCCACAUCUUCAGCCAAGACAAAUAUUCCACAUUCAGCUUGUUGUUGACCUCACCUUUAGAGACCGAUUAGGAGAAAUCUCAGCAGGUGCAAAGCCGUCUGUCACUACACUGGAUCAAACAGCUGAUCGGGCCCUGCUGGAGUGUGAAGUUCUUGGUGCUUCUCCAAAACCUACAGUAGAGUGGCAGGACAGUGCUGGAAACAAACUUCCUGCUGAGGAGCCACAGGUCUCAGAAAGAGGAGGCAGCUUCUACAUCGUCCUCCAAACUUCUGUGACCAAGACUGACCGCUAUCGCUGUGUAGCCACACAGGAGGAGAUCAAACAUCAGACUGAAGCUAAGACCUACGUGUAUAUCAGCGGGCCCCCCAAAGAGCCCGCCACUGAGUACUGCAUUGGAUGGACUGUUGCUUCUGUAGUUUUUGGCACGCUUUUGUUAGCUGCUGUUCUUCCUGUAGCUGUACUUAUAGCAAAUGAUCUCAUCAAACUUACAUACAAGAGACGUACAUAAUUUAUUUUAUCAUCAUAUUCAUGAUGAGCAGACAUGUUUUUUUUAAUAUGUGUCUCACUUGUUCUGACAGUUGUUUUAUCUUCUUCUGUUAGUAUUUACACCAGGGUAGGGUCAAGGGUUUUUCUUCCUGCAGGUUCACCACCAAAGAGAAAGAGUCCGUCUUAACUCAUGAUUUUGGCACAUGAUCCAGUAUUGGAUGGAAACAUUACUUUGCAUUUUGUUUUUCUGAUUUUCUGGAUAUUCAGUUACAAUUUGCACUACAUUUCUGUGGAAACUUGACUCACUGCAGGAUUUUCACUUUGCCUGUGAAAGUGGCCACUCUGACCAGCAAAACAACACUUUGCCUUCAUACAGACUAGUUUGUUUCAAAUAGGAAGCAUUUUUUUGAACUGCUCCAAAACAACAAGAUCACACAGAUCCUCAAAAGUAGUGACCUCCAACGCAGCCAACCAACGUUUAAAAUGACCAGUCACGUCCCGAGCAAACUCCAUAUAAGUUUGACCACUACGUUUCUCCCAGGACCUAAAACGUUGGCGAUAUGCUUCUGGUACCAACUCAUACGUCUUUAACACAGCCGACUUGAUUUUUUACGGAGAAAGAAAACAUAAAUUAACUCAGGUGUUCAACAAAAACAGAAAGAAAACAUAAAUCAACACAGGUGUUCAACAUAAAUUAACUCAGGUGUUCAACAAAAACAAAA